GGCGCCAACGGACACCGCGCGCGCUGCCCACGUGAUCCUCGCGCCGUGCUCUCGCGAGAUGUGACGUCAUUACACCGCGCCGGCGCAUGCGCGGUGGGGGCGUUUUGGAGGCGGCGGCGCAUCGCUGUGUCACGGAGCGGGCGGCGGAGCGCGGCCGCCAUGGAGUACUUGAUCGGCAUCCAGGGCCCCGACUACGUUCUGGUGGCUGCCGACACGGUGGCAGCCUCCAGCAUCGUCCAGAUGAAGCACGACCAUGAUAAAAUGUUUAAGAUGAGCGAGAAGAUUUUACUCCUGUGUGUGGGGGAGGCUGGUGACACUGUGCAGUUUGCAGAAUACAUCCAGAAAAACGUUCAGCUCUACAAAAUGCGAAAUGGUUAUGAGUUGUCUCCUACUGCAGCUGCAAAUUUCACACGACGGAAUCUAGCUGAUUAUCUUCGGAGUCGAACCCCUUACCAUGUCAACCUUCUCCUGGCUGGCUAUGACGACCAUGAAGGUCCUGCCCUUUAUUACAUGGAUUACCUUGCAGCUCUGGCAAAAGCUCCUUUUGCAGCACAUGGAUAUGGUGCAUUCCUUACCCUCAGCAUCCUUGACCGCUAUUACAAGCCGGGUAUCACACGUGAGGAAGCUGUGGAGCUCCUAAAGAAAUGUCUAGAGGAGCUUCAGAAACGCUUCGUCUUAAAUCUGACUUCUUUCAAUGCCCGAUUCAUUGACAAAGAUGGCAUCCAUGAAGUGGACAAUACACCCCUUCUAAAAGCGUUGUCCUAACCCCCGAGAUCUUUCUUCAGCAGUCUUUUUUUUGUUCGGUUUUUGGUUUUUUAAUAUUCAUUUGAAGCACCCAAGGCAUGUACUGUGCUGGGAGAUUGAAUAAAGAUUGACAUUUAUGCAGCCAGUUCCAUCUUUUGAUUCCACUGAUCCUUCCUGGGAGUGUUUAAGCAAAUCAUUCCUUCACUUCAUCAUUCAUGAAGAUGAAACGUGAUUUGUUGGUAAUGGUGCCACGUUCAGAUUGCUCCUUUACUUAUUCUGGUACUUUUCACUGUAAGUUUUCUGCUGUGUGGGAAAACUGCCAUAUUUUCUGGAAGAGAAUUUGCAGUCAUCUUUCUCAUGCUGAGCAUUAAAGCUCAGCAAAACAUACCAGCAUCCUAUUUCAUCUUUCACAGGACUUCACCUCUGCAUUGUAAAAAUCUGAUUUUCAAAGACUUAGCUUCCUUUUGUUAUUCUUGGUUUCAGUAUAAUCCAAGUGAAAAGGGAGGUUUUCAAUAAACAGAGUGGAUUUUAAAA